AGACAAAAAAUCACCGCCAGAGAACGUAAUUUUUGCGGGAAAACGCGGAAAACAAUUCUGUGAAAAACACAGUCCCGUUGCAGGGUGUCUGUACGAUGUCCCACUGUUUUGAGGCUACCGCCACCUGACGGUAGAACACACGACCUCUCCCAGGUCCAUAGUCCGUUCGCACUAAUUCAUCGCGUUAUUUUAACUAAUUCAACCCCUGUCGCUUUACAUAAACCGUUAUCUAUGAUAUGUUUACUUCAGGAGAAACUCGUACUUACUGACGAGACAGAAAAUAGCCUGAGAAAGCCCGAUUUUAUUCCGAUUAUCUUCUAGCGAAAUUUGGAACAACGCGGCACUUCGAAAUCUCUCUAUACAAUAUUUGCACUAACUAACCCCGCGUUAUUUGUCGAAUUUUACGUUAUCAGCGUCACUUAAUGACACGUUCGUCGAUUGGGAUUGUAAACGAGUGUAGUGAAGUUUCUCCUCAAAACGAAAAACGUUACAAAUAGAGGCGCGUCACAAGGAAAAACUCGAUCUGGCACGAGAACGAAAAGGAAGACGCGCCCGUGCGCACCAAUGGCGGCCACCGACCCUUAUUUACUGAAGUCAAAAUGGCUGCCCUUCGGCGUUUCACACGUUCAGAACUUUCAAAUAUUAUUCUUCGUUCUUGUGGCGAAUAUAUUUCAUUGAAUAGAGAUUUACCGAUUAUUACGCAGAAAAGAUGGGGAAAAUACAAAACUUCACCUCAAUAUACAGAAUCUUCUAAAUAUACGGAUUAUGAAGUAACAAAAGAUCCUCAAGAAUGGGAAUAUGUAGAACGUUUACUUAAACCAAAAUCUAUACCUAUACCUUGCUUAGAAAAUAAAGAAUAUCCAUCUGGAUGGAAACCACCAAUUUCCAAACCACAAGAAUAUCCUUAUUAUAUACAACGUACAAAAAACUAUAUGCAACCUGUCUAUCUUGAAAUUUUUCAUCGAGGAUUACGAAGAAUAACUACUGUUCGUAAAAUUCAUGGAAAUAUCUGGAUACUAGAAAAUGAAUUAAAGGAAUAUUUAGAAAAAAAUGUAAAAAAAUCAGUUGGUGUUCGUACUAAUGAACUAUCUGGUCAAAUUCAAUUCAGAGGAGAUUAUGUAAAUCUCAUUAAAGCAUGGAUGAAUGAAAAAGGAUUUUAGAUAAUGCAAAAUCUUAUAAUGUAAUGCUUUUUGUAAAUAUAAAGAGAAUAUUUUAUUAUAAUUAUUUAUUAAAAGUCAAAAAUAAAUAAUGAAAAUAAUCAUAUUUUUGGAUUCAAAA